GGUAUGAUUAAAAUUCCCAGUAUUGGUAUGAUCAUGGGUAGUAAUUUUACUCGAAAUAUUAUUCAAGCUUAUAAAAUUCUGAUCAUUGUGUGUGCGUAAAUAAUUAUCUUCAAUUCGUUUGUAAUAUAUGUACAUCUAGGUUCUCCUUGUUUACUGAUAGUACUACUGUACCAAUCUGCUAAGUGUAAGCAGUUCAUGUUUCUUCAGAAAAAUUAAUUUAUUUUCCAGUUAAACACAUUAAUUAAUGAAUUUUAUCUUUAACUAUAUUUUCACCUAUACAGAAUUCAUGAUUCGGAUUAUGAAUUGUUUAAAUCAAGCAGUUACUAAGUUAUUUCCAGUUGUUGAUUUAUCCAACUAUCAAAAUGCUUUAAAUUGUGACAAGACUAACCAUUCCGGUUUACAUGUAUGCUCACUUCUAUUCAUUGGUUUGUGCAGUCGUUAUGAUGUUGACCGAGAUUAUGCAGUGAAAAUACUUUUACGACUGGAGUUUUCAGGUUAUCUUGAUCCCAAACAUGUUAUCAAGUUGUGGACGAAUACACUAGAAACCUACGCCCAAAGUUCAAAACCCGAUGUUAGUCCUAUUGCCGGGGAUCUAUUACGUUUUCUUGUCUAUGGGAAAUUCUCACUUCCUCUUCUUUCGUAUGACGUAUCCUCCCGUUGUGACAGCACUUUGUUAUCAUCUUGCCCCUCUAGCCAGUCCAUCGAUGACAAAGCAAUCGCUGCAGUAGUCUUUCUCCUAGAUCACCUCGAAGAACAGAUUUUACUGUGUGAAAAAUUACCUAGUGAUGGUCUGAUGGCUGUUGUGACCUAUAAACCGUUUUAUGCUAUGCUUUGUACUAUACGUGCUGUCAUUGGUAUACUACCGCAUUCAGGCUGUCAAAAAAGAACGAUACGAGGAGCAUUGCUACUCAGGAUUGGAAUACAUUUUUACAGACAAGUUCAUUGUUUAAGGAAGUCAACGGAAUGUGUAUUAUAGAACGUAUAAUUUCUUUGGGUCUUCGUAUAUCUGAAAUUGUCCUACCAGUUGUUGCUCAUGAAUCACCUGAAGGUGUCCUACUAAAUUCACAGGAUGAUUUAUGCACAGAUAAUAAAGUUAUAGAGGAUGAAAAUGAUCAGCUGUCUAAAUUACGUGAAAAAACUCGAAAGUAUCCGGAAUACCUAAUUUUGUGUUGUUGGCGUUCCGUUCGUGAAUUGUCUUUGCUCAUGGGUAUAUCACUUGUAUCAUACUGUAACUUCAGUAGUACUGCUACUGAGUAUCAAAUGCAACCGAAUGAGAUUUUUCGUAUAGCUCAGUUUUUUUGCACCCAGUUAUUAUGCUGUCGUCAUCGUGGAGCCUUUGAACUUUGUGCAACUGGAUUUACAAAUUUUUGUAUUGCACUUGUAAAACAUCCAGGUUAUUAUGAAAUUCCAGUCCAUUGGCUCAACACAAUUACUGGUCAAGUAUUACUAAGUGAAACAUCAUCAAAAGGUUCAAUUAUAGUACAGGGUAUUGAUUUUUCGUUAGAUGCCUGUAUGGGUGAACACGAUACAGUUGAAUGUGUGACUCGUCGUGGAGCUGGUUGUCCUCUCUUCGUCCAGGCUAUUUUGGGUGCAGAAUUAACUCGUGAUCUAAAUGGGCUUACAACACUUACAAAUACAGUAAAUUGGCUUCUUAAAUCGAUCACAUCUUCUAUUUCUAAAAUUGUCAAUCUUCAGCAAUCGGGUUAUGAAGCCACCUGUGUACUUAAUUUGAACAUUAUUCGUGGGAUAUUUCAAUCGACAAAUUUAAACUAUCAUACAAACAGGUAUCUUCAAAAGGGGUUGAUCAUUGCUUUGGAUGGCUUAGGCUGUGGACAUUUAUCGAUAAGAAAUGCAUCAAUGCUCUUUUACAGCACCAUAAUUCAACGCAUUUUUGGUGUAACUCGGUCGAAAGAAAUUAAAAGUCGAAAAAAUUGCCUUUCAACAUCAACAUUUUUUAAGCUCUAUCCGAAGUUUCAACAGUAUUUAAUUGAAACACUAACAUGGUAUUCUGGGAAUCCGAAGAUUUUAGAUACAAAUCGUUUCAAAUUGUAUAGUAUUCUUUAUCUAGUGACACAUCUUCUACCACCCCCUCAAGUGGCCAAUGUAGAUGAAAUGUUAUACAAGUUACUCAUCCGUUGUGGUUGCGAUUCUGGUAUUCGUGUUCGUAAGAUAGCCUCACUAGCUUUGACGUCGAUUAUGCAUCCUAACUGUAUUAUGAAGACGUUGGAUCACCUACUGUGCUUGAUUGAUGAAUGGAUUGUUGGAGGCAAUUCAAUAAAAGAGUGGUUUAUAACUGGUCGAUCGAAUGUACUGCAUUCUCUACUCUUACAGGUGUAUGCCUUGUUAUAUUCUAGUAUGGAUGUUCAUAGUGCACCUGCAUAUAUUGCUCCCAAUGUAUGCAUUUCUAGCACAGAUUAUGCGUCUAUUAUAGAUCGUUUGAAGACAUCAUUCUCUUGGUUAAAUGAUCCUAAACAUGUCACUUGUUCAGUUUCACGUCAGUUGUACAUGAAAAUAUUAGGUCAUGAAUAUGAUCAUCAACCAGUUACAAUCAAAUAUGGCUCAUAUGGUUUGGAGCGUGAGUAUGCCGAAGCAUGUAUCAAUACUAUAGUUGAUCGUGAAGUGAGAAAAUUGGGAGAUAAUACUUCAGCAUAUAUAGAAUUAAUACAGUUGACAAAAUCACUGGAUUCAAUCGAGCUGUUUACAUCAUUUCUUCGUCGAAUUUAUCUUCACAUACAUGCCAAACUUGCCCAUCCCGUUGACUGUGCUUUAGACACGGAAAAUCUUUAUAAAAGAUUUAAAGGGAGAUAUUAUUAUAAUGUAGAACUGUUCGAUAUGACAAGAAGAAUAUUCACAUUUGAUUCACUAUUUCAAGUCCUAUUUGAUUUUAAUCGUCGAUAUGCUCAUGACAGUGAUGGUGAUGAUUGUAUUUUGUUACUAUUGAAUUCCAUAAAUGAUGAGUCCUAUCACUACAUAUUUGAAUUAUUAGCUAUACUGAUUCAUUCAGAUAAUGUAUCAACAGACAGUGUUAACAGAGCUAUUCACUGGACUAGUAAUCAGUUAAAAUCGAUCAUAAAAAUGAUCAAGGUGAAGGCAGUGAAUCAUCUUCCAUUUCGUAAUUGUUUUAGUUUUACUUCAUUUAUCCAUUUCCAUAUUAAUUUAAUUUAUGUCUUUGCUGAGAAGAAUGUUGAGCAAGAGCAUAAACAGCAACAAGUUGUGUCCACAUAUUACUCUCAGCAACAUAAUCAUUGUUACCUUAAUCAUAUAGUUGAAUUGUGCGAAUUAUGCAGAGUAUGUUUUGAUGUAUUCGAUGAUGAUGAUUCAACAAAUGCUUGUUUUGAAGUAAAAUAUGCAAUUUUACAUUCCCUCUUUUUACUGGAUAUUUCUGUACUUAAUACAAUAAUAUUGAAUAAUGAAAAUGUGGAAAAAGUACUUCAAGCAUUUGAUGUCCUCAUUGAAAGUAUAACUAAUCCAGAAAGUCCAAAGUUACAGAAAUUGGCUUGUGAAAUUACUCAAAAUCUAUUGAUUUCUUCUUAUCCAGAAUACAAAUGUGUGUUACAAUUGCCGUAUGUUCUGUUGCCUCAAUUGGUUAGUCUUUUAAUGCAGUAUAACUCUGAAGUGAUUUUCAAGCACAUGCUUCGGUUCGUAUGGGAGCAGAUGUCCAGUUUAACAAUUUCUAGGACUCAGGAUCCUGACGGUGAUAAUGACGAUCAGGGCAAUACUAGUGAUCACGCAUUCCCACAGACAACGUUUAAUCCUGGAUGUGACACUCUGGAAUCAAUCAAAAUUAUGUGCAAUACCCUUUCCAGCUGGUUAUCUGUCAAUAGUAAUUCAAGUAGUCAUCCCAACAAACAUAUCUUAUCUAUUGGUGGAGUUUGUGAGGAUAAUGAAGUACUGCAUGGAGGAAAUACUUUUGAGGAAUUCGAGUCAUUAUUAAUUCGGAAACCUGAUUUUCUAGCUAGUCUGUACUUAAAUAGGUAUAUUAGUAGUUUCCGUUUAACAUGUUGAUAGCAGAUUUAUAUUUUGAUUGUACCGAUCAAUAAAACUUUUCGUUUG